AUGGCCAAGGUGAUAUCUAGGCCGAGUAGUGUAACUUCUCCACAAAAGAUGAUAGCUUUCAUGCAAUUGAAGCACACCAUCUUUCUCCUCCUCCUCCAACACAUCGUCUCCGGACAUGGUCAACCGCUCCAGUAUCGUCGACACCGAGCAAUUCUCCAAGAGAAGGCCACCCUCUUGUCCUUCAAGAACACCAUAAUAUCUCCACCACAAGCAGCUCUCGCAAAUUGGAACGAGUCCACCGAUGUUUGUGACUUCAUAGGUGUCAUCUGCGAUCGAUGGCGACUCCAUGUCGUGCGUCUCCAACUUCGUGGCAGGCUUGUCUCCAGCCCCCUGUCCCCUGUCCUCGCCAACCUCUCCAGCCUUCGCGAGCUAGACCUCUCCAAUAAUAGUCUCACAGGGCACAUUCCUCAUGAAUAUUACUCCAACCUACGGCACCUCAAGAUCCUAGACCUAUCAACCAACUCUCUCGAUGGCCAAAUUCCACCAUCUCUCGCCAACCUUACUGGACUCGAAUGGUUGCGACUGUCGGGAAACCAUCUCGAUGGCCCGAUUCCCGCCUCGAUCUUUCGCAACUGCAGUAAAUUACGAGAUGUGGACUUCUCGUUCAAUUAUCUCACCGGUGAGAUCCCUUCGGAGGCCCGAAUUUAUCUGCCAAACUUGAGAAUUCUCAACCUUUACUCGGAUAAUUUGACUGGAAAAUUACCAACGUGGCUUUCCAAUUCAUCAUUCCUAAGUCAGCUGGAUGUGGAAUGUAACUUCCUUUCAGGUGAACUGCCUUCGGACAUUGUCUCGAACAAGACAUACCUUGAAGGUCUUCGCUUGUCUUAUAACAAUUUUUCAAGCCACCAUAACAACACUGACUUGAGACCAUUUUUCUUAGCUAUUUCCAACUGCUCAAACCUGCGGGAACUUGAAAUGGAAGGACUAGCGCUUGGUGGACCAAUGCCUCAAAUUGUCGGUGGAGUCGCCAAAAGUUUAUCCGAAAUUCAGUUGGGUGAUAACAGGAUCCUUGGACCCAUCCCUCCUGACAUUGGCUAUCUUUUCAAUAUCACGCUAUUGAAUCUGUCGAGCAACCUUCUCAAUGGAACUAUUCCAAAUCUGAUCGGCCAACUUCCAAAGUUAGAGCGCCUAAUCUUGUCCAAUAAUUUCUUAAGUGGUCCGAUUCCUCCAGAGAUUGGAAACAUUAGCUCAAUCGGUCUGCUUGAUUUGUCCAACAACAAAUUAUCUGGUGAAAUCCCAAGGAGCCUUGGAAAUCUAAGCCUUAUCAGCGAGAUUCAUCUUCAGAAGAACGAGCUUUAUGGGGAAAUACCCGCUAGUCUUGGAAGGUGCAUCAGCUUACUAAAACUAGAUCUGUCAUACAAUAGAUUAACAGGUAGGAUACCCCGAGAUAUGUCAGGCAUUGUAAAGAUUUCCUUUAACCUUUCACACAAUCAGCUUCAAGGUCCUUUGCCGAUAGAGCUUAGCAAGAUGGAUCAGGUCCAAGAGAUUGAUUUGUCAUCGAAUAACCUCACUGGUGAAGUGAUAUCUCAGCUGUCAGCAUGUGCUGAACUGAAGCUCAUCAACCUCUCACACAAUUCUCUUCAAGGACAGCUUCCCAAAUCAUUUGGAGAUCUCCAAAACCUUGAGACUCUUGACGUUUCUUUCAAUUACUUGACUGGGGAGAUUCCAUUGAACCUUAACGAAUGUACCGGUCUUACCCAUUUGAAUCUUUCAUACAAUGACUUCAAUGGACCAAUACCCGUUGGUGGAGUCUUCUCAUUAUUCACCAAUCUAUCCUAUCUUGGAAAUCAACAUUUAUGUGGCUCAGUCGUCGGACAGGCAUGUUUCGAACGAAAAAGAUGGCUGCACUCACAUAAAUUCUUGAUCAUCAUUUGUGUCAGUACUUCAUUAUUAGCAUUGUUAUUACUGGCAUUAUGUUGCGCGAUUGGAAUUAGAAAGACCCGAAGCUGGAUUUUCAGAGGGAGAGAUGACAGUUUUGGUAGCUUAUCUCUGGUGCUAAAAUCAAGUUUCCCACGAAUCACCUACCGAGAACUCGUCGAGGCAACCGGAGAAUUUGAUCAGGAUAGGUUAAUUGGUUCUGGCAGCUAUGGACGGGUCUACAAAGGAGUAUUAAGAGAUGGAACCAUUGUUGCAGUGAAAGUACUGCACCUCCAAACUGGCAAUUCCACGAAGAGCUUCAACAGAGAAUGCCAGGUUCUGAAGAGAAUUAGACAUAGGAACCUUAUGAGAAUCAUUACAGCAUGUAGCCGACCGGAUUUUAAGGCUUUGGUCCUUCCUUUCAUGGCCAACGGCAGCCUCGAGAGCUUUCUGUAUUCAGGAUCUUCGGAACUAAGCUUGAUCCAGAGGGUGAAUAUUUGCAGUGAUAUAGCUGAAGGAAUAGCCUACUUGCAUCACCACUCCCCUGUGAAGGUCAUACACUGUGAUCUGAAGCCCAGCAAUGUGCUUCUUAACGAUGAUAUGACUGCUUUGGUCUCUGAUUUUGGGAUUGCAAGGCUGGUGAUGAAUGUUGGAGCAGGGAACGCCACAGAGGCUGACGACAUGGGGACUUCGACUGCAAAUAUGCUCCGGGGGUCCAUCGGAUACAUAGCACCAGAGUACGGAUUUGGCUCCGAUGCAUCAACCAAGGGAGAUGUUUACAGCUUCGGCGUUGUAGUCCUUGAAAUGGUCGCCAGGAAGAGACCCACAGACGAAAUGUUCAAAGGUGGUUUGAGCUUACCCAACUGGGUGAAGAGCCACUACAUUGGGAGGAUGGAGACGGUCAUCGAUGCCUCCUUGGUGACUGCUGUGAAGAAUCAGACAUAUGAAGUGAAAAGAAUGUGGGAGGUGGCAAUUGGAGAGUUGGUAGAUUUGGGUCUACUCUGCACCCAGGAGAGCCCGUCGAGUAGGCCGACGAUGCUGGAUGCUGCUGAUGACUUGGGUCGCUUGAAGAGGUAUCUUUCGGGUGACACAACCGCCAGUUUUGCCACCUCUUUGGGAAUGUCAUCUUCCACAACUGGGGAGGAUCCAGGCGCAAGCAUAUCAAACUUUGAACUAGUAUCUAAAUUCCUUUGCUCGAUGGAAUUACUCAUGCCAGAAUACGAAGAAACCGUGCGAAGGAACAUAUCACGGCCAAAGUGCUAUGUAGGCCUAGCUAGUAGUGUAACUUCUCCACGAAAGAUGAUAGCUUUCAUGGGAUUGAAGAAGCACACCAUCUUUCUCCUCCUCCUCCUCCUCCUCCAACACAUCGUCUCGGGACACAAUCACCCACUCCCAGAUCGCCGACACCGAGCAACUCUCCAAGAGAAGGCCACCCUCCUGUCCUUCAAGAACACCAUAACCUCUCAAUCUCAAGCAGCACUCGCAAAUUGGAACGAGUCCGCCGAUGUUUGUGACUUCAUAGGUGUUGGUUGCGAUAGAUGGCGACUCCAUGUCGUGCGUCUCCCACUUGGCGGCAUGCUUCUCUCCAGCCCCCUCUCCCCUAUCCUUGCCAACCUCACCAGCCUUCGCGAGCUAGACCUGUCCCAUAAUCUUCUCACAGGGCUCAUUCCAUAUGAAUUCUCCAACCUACGGCACCUCGUGAUCGUAAACCUGUCAGGAAACCUUCUCCAUGGCCCAAUUCCACUCUCUCUCGCCAACCUCACCGGACUUGGAUGGCUGGACCUGUCCAACAACCAUCUCACGGGGCACAUUCCGAUCCCAGCCUUGAUCUUUGGCAACUGCACUCAAUUAUGUGUCAUUGACUUCUCGUCCAAUGAUCUCACUGGCGAGAUCCCUUCGGAGGCCCGAAUUUAUUUGCCAAGCCUGUGGACCCUCAAUCUUUACUCAAAUAAUUUGACCGGAAAAUUACCAUCAUGGCUUUCAAAUUCAUCAGUCCUCAGACAACUGGAUGUCGCAUAUAACUUCCUUUCAGGUGAACUGCCUUCGGACAUCGCCUGGAACAAGCCAAACCUCGAAGUUCUCCAUUUGUCUUAUAACAAUUUUUCAAGCCACCAUAACAACACCGACUUGAGACCAUUCUUCUUAGCUAUUUCCAACUGCUCGAACCUGCAGGAACUUGAAAUCGAAGGACUAGCGCUUGGUGGACCAUUGCCUCAAAUUGUAGGUGGAGUCGCCAAAAGUUUAUCCAAAAUUCAGUUGGGUGAUAACAGGAUCUUUGGACCAAUCCCUCCUGACAUUGGCUAUCUUUUUAAUGUCACGCUAUUGAAUCUGUCGAGCAACCUUCUCAGUGGAACUAUUCCAACUCUGAUCGGCCAACUUCCAAAGUUAGAGCGACUAAUCUUGUCCAAUAACUUCUUGAGUGGCGCGAUUCCUCCAGAGAUUGGAAACAUUAGCUCAAUUGGUCUGCUGGACUUAUCCAACAACAAAUUAUCAGGUGAAAUCCCAAUGAGCCUUGGAAAUCUAAGUCUUAUCGGUGAGAUUCAUCUUCAGAAGAACCAGCUUUAUGGAGAAAUACCUGCCAGUCUUGGAAGGUGCAUUAGCUUACUAAAACUAGAUCUGUCAUACAAUAGAUUAACUGGAGGAAUACCCCUGGAAGUGUCAGGCAUUGUGAAGAUUUCCUUUAACCUUUCACACAAUCAGCUUCAAGGUCCUUUGCCGAUAGAGCUUAGCAAGAUGGAUCAAGUGCAAGAGAUUGAUUUGUCAUCGAAUAACCUCUCUGGUGAAGUGAUAUCUCAGCUGUCAGCAUGUGCUGAACUGAAGCUCAUCAACCUCUCACACAAUGCUCUUCAAGGACAGCUUCCCAAAUCAUUUGGAGAUCUCCAAAACCUUGAGACUCUUGAUGUUUCUUUCAAUUACAUGGGUGGGGAGAUUCCAUUGAGACUUAACAAAUGCACCCGUCUCACCCAUUUGAAUCUUUCAUACAAUGACUUCAAUGGACCAAUACCCGCUGGUGGAAUCUUCUCAUUAUUCGCCAAUCUAUCCUAUCUUGGAAAUCCACAUUUAUGUGGCUCAGUCGUCAGACGUGCUUGUUUCAAACGACGAAGGUGGCUGCACUCGCGUAAAUUCUUGAUCACCAUUUGUGUCAGUGCUUCAUUAUUAGCAUUGUUACUGGCAUUAUGUUGUGUGAUUGGAAUUAGAAAGACCAGAGGCAGGAUUUUCAGAGGUAGAAAUGACACUUCUGGCAGCUCGUCUCUGGUGCUAAAAUCAAGUUUCCCACGAAUCACCUACCGAGAACUCGUCGAGGCAACCGGAGAAUUUGAUCGGGAUAGGUUAAUUGGUUCUGGGAGCUAUGGACGGGUCUACAAAGGAGUAUUAAGAGAUGGGACCAUUGUUGCAGUGAAAGUACUGCACCUCCAAACUGGCAAUUCCACGAAGAGCUUCAACAGAGAAUGCCAAGUUCUGAAGAGAAUUAGACAUCGGAACCUCAUAAGAAUCAUUACAGCAUGUAGCCGACCAGAUUUCAAGGCUUUGGUUCUUCCUUUCAUGGCCAACGGCAGCCUCGAGAGCUUUCUGUAUUCAGGAUCUUCCGAACUAAGCUUGAUUCAGAGGGUGAAUAUUUGCAGUGAUAUAGCUGAAGGAAUAGCCUACUUGCAUCACCACUCCCCUGUGAAGGUCAUACACUGUGAUCUGAAGCCCAGCAAUGUGCUUCUUAACGAUGAUAUGACUGCUUUGGUCUCUGAUUUUGGGAUUUCAAGGCUGGUGAUGAAUGUUGGAGCGGGGAACACGACUGGGGCUGACUACAUGGGGAGUUCGACUGCAAAUAUUCUCAGGGGUUCUAUUGGAUACAUUGCACCAGAGUACGGAUUUGGCUCGGAUGCAUCAACCAAGGGAGAUGUUUACAGCUUCGGCGUUGUAGUCCUUGAAAUGGUCGCCAGGAAGAGACCCACACACGAAAUGUUCAAAGGUGGUUUGAGCUUGCCCAACUGGGUGAAGAGCCACUAUAGUGGGAGGAUGGAGACGGUCAUCGAUGCCUCCUUGGUGACUGCUGUGAAGAACGAGACGUAUGAAGUGAAAAGAAUGUGGGAGGUGGCAAUUGGAGAGUUGGUAGAUUUGGGUCUACUCUGCACCCAGGAGAGCCCAUCGAGUAGGCCUACGAUGCUGGAUGCUGCUGCUGACUUGGGUCGCUUGAAGAGAUAUCUUUCGGGCGACACGACCGCCAGUUUUACCUCCUCUUUGGGAAUGUCGUCCUCCACCAUUGGGGAGGAUCCAGGCGCAAGCAUAUCCAACUUUGAUUAA